AGAACUGGGCUGUCCCUCUGUCGAGUGGCACUCCUUGUCAACCCCGUCAACCCACCAUGGCCGUGACCGCCUGCCAGGGCUUGGGGUUUGUGGUUUCACUGAUCGGGAUUGCAGGCAUCAUUGCCGCCACCUGUAUGGACCAAUGGAGCACCCAGGAUCUGUACAACAACCCUGUGACAGCUGUGUUCAACUACCAAGGGCUAUGGCGCUCCUGUGUCCGAGAGAGCUCUGGCUUCACCGAGUGCCGGGGCUACUUCACCCUGCUGGGGCUGCCAGCCAUGCUGCAGGCAGUACGAGCCCUGAUGAUCGUGGGCAUAGUCCUGGGUGUCAUCGGCCUCCUGGUGGCCAUCUUCGCCCUGAAAUGUAUCCGCAUUGGCAACAUGGACGACCCCUCCAAAGCCAAGAUGACACUGACCUCGGGGAUCAUGUUCAUCAUCUCAGGUCUUUGCACAAUCGCUGGAGUGUCUGUAUUUGCCAACAUGCUGGUUACUAACUUCUGGAUGUCUACAGCUAACAUGUACACUGGCAUGGGUGGGAUGGUGCAGACUGUUCAGACCAGGUACACCUUUGGUGCAGCUCUGUUCGUGGGCUGGGUCGCUGGAGGUCUGACCCUCAUUGGGGGCAUAAUGAUGUGCAUCGCUUGCCGGGGUCUGGCGCCCGAGGAAACCAACUACAAAGCCGUGUCUUAUCAUGCCUCGGGCCACAAUGUCGCCUACCGGCCUGGAGGCUUCAAAGCCAGCACUGGCUUUGAGUCCAGUAACAAAAACAAGAAGAUAUACGAUGGGGGUGCCCGCACAGAGGAUGAGGGACAAUCCCAUCCUUCCAAGUACGACUACGUGUAGCCCUGCAAGACACCUCGGUCUGGGCAGAGGAAAGCCCCCACCUAGAGCUCACCCCCAAACAAGGACAUUUUACCUUGAUUCCCAAUUGCUUCUGACUCACAGUUGGAAAUUACAAAGCCUUGAUUUCACCUAUGGUGAGGCCAGAUGGUCUUGGCCACCUGUGUCUAAAUGUUCCAUCACAAAACAGCUGAGUUAUCAGAGGUACAUUAGAGGCUCUAGCCCACAUUUUCUAAUCCUCUUAUUUCUUUUUUUUAAUAGAAACUUUUAAACCUGAUGAUAGAAUGUACUUUGAAUUCCUAUCAAUCACUUAGAUAAUUUAGACAGAUGCACCCUCCUCCUCUUGGCCAACAGUCCAUUGAUUAUCUAUUUCCCAACUCAUCCCCUAGAACAGUUCUGAAAGCAAAGCCAAAAAAAGAGAGUCCAUCAAAAGACAUCAUUUUCUGCAACUUGAUUUUUGCCCCCACCUCCUGCCCUAACUUGGCUACUAAUAAACACUGAUAGAAGAAGAGGUAAUAGGGGAAAUAUCUUUAUUGUAUCUCCAGCUUAUUAUCUGAGUUUUCUUAAACUGUGAUCUUAAACAGUACUUGGACUAAAAUGAUUGCAGUUUGAGGAAACUAACCUUUUCCACUUCUGCUAAUACCUGCUAAUUCCAACUAAAUUCCUCCCAGGGAGUCUCCUGGGCUUCUUACUGCAGGUCCUCUUUCUGUCACAGGCUAGAAAGACAAAAGGAUUUUUUCUUUUUUCUUUGCUUUUUUUUUUUUUGUAAUCUAAAUAUAUUAGGUAUUCUAAAUAUAGCUAGAAUAAAUAAUGUAUUAGUGAAAUGAUACACUGUCUCUGUGAAUUAGCCUCACCCCUGCAUGUGAAUAGAAGAAAAUGAAAAAAUAAUUGCUUUGAUGUUGUCUAUAUUGUACUUUGUAAAAUCACAUUUAAGUCCGAAUUUCAUGAAGUGCUCACUGAUCCUAUUUCUUUCCCUUUGAGGUCUCCUGGACUCUGAUUAUAGAUGAUAGAAUCAGUGUAAUCCAUGUAAGAAGCAAAUAAUGGGACACAGCAGGUCCUAGGAAGUGAGUCAAAACUAGUUCUUUAAAAAAAAAAAAAAAAAAAAAAAAGAUGGUGAUGAGCUUGAAUGUAAUGUUUCCAGGUGACAUGUGGGCCGUACUUACAUAGCUAAAGGCCACUGAUAGUUGAGAGAAGCACUUAUUUGGCACUGUGGUCAGCUUUGUGACCCUGAGAGCUGUGCCCUUCCGUAAAUUCACGUCAAGUGGUUGGAUCAUUGGCUGUUUAAGAGCUCUCUGCAGCCACACACUUUCCCUGGGUUCGCAUCACUGCUGCAGAAAGCCUAACUUCCUUCUUUCAGGCUACCAGCAUCCCAUCUCAGCACCAGAGCCAGAAUAGACCCAAUGGGAAACUGAGGUAAGGGAAGUCUCUCAAAACUACCUAUUCAGGGGGCAGCAUUGGCCCUGGGGCAAUCUGACCAUUUGGUUAUUAUUUGAGAAAAAAAAGUCUCAUACCAAUAGUGCAUGUGCAAGUGGCAUUGAAGGAGACCAGUGAAUAUUCAUAUGGGUCUUCAUGGCCAUUCCACAGAAAGGAAUUGUGUCCACCCAGAACCCAGAUAGUAAACUCAGGGACCCUUCUCACUGAUACAGCAAUGGUUUUAGGCCAAAUCAUAAAACUCAUUGUCUGAGAUGGAAUGAAGGAUGUUGUCUAUAUUGUACUUAAAACAAUUCAAGAAAAAAAAGGGGGGAGAGAAAUUUGAGCAAUAGAGAAUAUGGAGAUAGUUCAGGGUUCUCCAGAUUUGAGUUGAAGGCCAUGGGUACAAUGACCUCUCCCUCCCACCACCAGAAAGUCCCUGGCCAGGACUGAGGCACUAAGGGGUGGCUCAGUUGGGCUUUUAGUUCAUACAUUCUCUAUCCAAAACUUAAUUGUUUGAAAGCCUCCAUGUAGUUAGAGUGUGCUUUUUAAUUUUUAUUGUUGUUGCUGUCUCACUGUAUAUGGAGUAUUGACCUGCAUGUUUUGUUACUUAAAUAUUAAAGACACUGUUAUCUCACA